GUGGUCCCAGGACAGGGCCCCUUCCCAGCCACAGCUGGGGAGUGAGGGAAGCCUCUCGGGAGACUGGCAGGUUGGAGAGGUUUCUAAUGUGGGCUGGGUCCACUUUACUCCAGGUGCCCAGCAAAGCUGGAGCUGAGAUGCUAGGGAGUUGUGGGGCUUUGUCCCCAGCAGGGGGUGCUGAGAGAAAGGGCUCCUGGUAGGGGUGAGGUGUGGAGAGGGGUGAGACUCUUAAAGGGCGAAAGUUGAAGCGGAGCCUGUGUGUUCUUUGGAAACGUAAUCACCACACCAUGACCACUACCACCCCCACCCCGCCCAAGAAGAGUGAGUUUCCGGAAAAAGUGGUUAAUGUGGAACCUGGUGAGAUUAGCGCAAUCCUUGCCUGAGGUUAACUGUGUUUAAGGGGCAGCCUAGUCUGGAAGAAGCUUGUGACCCCACGUGUUGGGGCCACCCAGGCAAAACACAGUCGCUGAGUUGCUGUGUGAUCUUGAGCGUAUGGCCUCACUUCUCUGGGUCUCUGGAUGAAAUGAGCAGGUGAUCCAGGCGUGAUCCAGGCCCAGAGUGCUCUUCCCUGGAGGCAUCCAGGCCAGGGCCAGACAGACAGGGCUGGGAGCCGUCAACAGAUAGACGCUCUCUUUAAAGACAAAGUCAAAAAGACUCCAGGUCUUGGAGAAGACCCCUAGUCCGGCCUCCCUGCCAUAUUUCCAAGAGCCUUCUGGAUGAACCAGGCUGCCAAGCUGACCUCCCCACGCCAUGAUCCUCAGUAUAGCUCACCUUUUGCAUCCAGCCCCACCCAGACGAGGGCCACCCGCCGCCCCUUGAGGCUGUCCCCGCCCCCUGGAAGAGCGUGGGCCCCUGCAAAAGCCACAGGACGGAGUCCCCAAGAGGCCUGGCGGAGACCCCUGGAGGGGAGGAGGCCCAAGGAGCUGAAGCUGAAGGACGAGGAGUGUGAGCGGCUGUCCAGAGUGCGGGAGCAGCUGGAACGGGAGCUGGAGGAGCUGACAGCCAGCCUGUUUGAGGAAGCCCACAAGAUGGUGCGAGCAGCCAACAUGAAGCAGGCAGCGUCGGAAAAGCAGCUGAAGGAGGCGCGGGGCAAGAUCGACAUGCUGCAGGCAGAGGUGACAGCCUUGAAGACACUGGUCCUCACGUCCACACCGGCCUCUCCCAACCGCGAGCUCCACCCACAGCUGCUGAGCCCCACCAAGGCCGGGCCCCGCAAGGGCCACUUGCGCCAUAAGAGCACCAGCAGCACCCUCUGCCCCGCCGUGUGCCCCGCUGCCGGACAUACCCUCACCCCGGACAAGGAGGGCAAAGAGCCCGGGCUGGCCCCCCUCCUCUCCCUGCUCCUCUGCGUGGUCCCCAGCAAGGCUGUUCACCUCACCUACGAGCCGGCUUGGCAGCUCCUACCUGGGGAGCCGCCCACGGCCCCCACCUCCACCUCUGCUACCUCUCUCUCCUUUUCCCGACAGGUGGACACGACCCUGUUCGCAGAGUUCCAGGCCUGGAGGGAAUCCCCCACCCUGGACAAGUCCUGCCCCUUCCUUGAAAGGGUGUACCGGGAGGACGUGGGCCCCUGCCUCGACUUCACCAUGCAGGAGCUCUCGGCGCUGGUACGGGCCGCCGUGGAGGACAACACGCUCACCAUCGAGCCCGUGGCUUCGCAGAUGCCGCCCACGGCGAAGGUGGCCGCGGUGGAGUGUGGCAGCACCAAUACCUGUGCCCUGAGCGGGCUGGCUCGUGCCUGUCGCCACCGAAUCCGGCUUGGGGACUCAGAGAAUCACUAUUACAUCUCACCGUCCUCCCGGGCUAGGAUCACCGCAGUGUGCAACUUCCUCACCUACAUCCGCUACAUCCAGCAAGGCCUGGUGCGGCAGGAAGCGGAGCCGAUGUUCUGGGAGAUCACGAGGCUGCGGAAGGAGAUGUCGCUGGCCAAGCUCGGCUUCUUUCCCCAGGAGGCCUAGGGCAUGGCCGGAGCCUGGAGGGGGGCUCUGAGCCACAGCCAACACCUGCCCCGGCACAGACAGACAGGAAGACAGGGUCCUGGCGCCAGCCCUGAGCCAGAAGCCGAGCAGAUGGACAGAUGGCCAGGCCAUGGAGGCCUUGCUGAGCCGGUACCAAAUCUUCAUCCCGGGAAAGACAGGACCUCAUGAGCUGACCCUUCGCCCUUCCCCAGUGGCCCUACAGCCACCAGGAGACUUUCAAGAAGGCACCAAAGACCAAGGAGCUUGGACCCACACUCAGGGGCUCAGCACCCCCUUUGCAGGCCUGGGAGCUGCUGCUUGCAGUCACCUUGUUGCUGUGAUGUCCUCAGAAAGGGCUCACACUGGGUGGCCUGACCUCCAGGGUAUCUCCCACCUCGGUUCCCAAGCCCUGGGCCACCAGCACCCCCGUGUGGCCAUCCCUCCCCCAUUCCCGUGGGGGCAGUGCGGCCACAAGGGGCUGUCAAGGACUUGCACACCAUCUGCUUGAGAACUACCCCAAACUGUUCUUAAGAUGGAUCAGGGCCCCUCCUCCCACCCUCGCACUUGACCUUCCCCCCCUCCUCCAUCUGAGCCUUGUGCUCCUGGAGGCCCUGCCCCCACCACUGGAAGGAUUAGGAUACUUUGCUCCCGAAGUAAAAUACAGACAGGGCCUCAGGACACCGUGUCUGUGUUCAGCUGUGGGUGGCCGUUCAGACAGUGGGGGCUGAGGUCGCCAAGCCCUGUACACAGGACCGGGGGAGGGUGGGCAGGACACAGGCCCCUCCUCGCCCCUCACAGCCCACUCAGGACCGGGGUCCAACCUGGACACAUCCCUCACCGUGGCUGAUUUCCUCCUUUGAAUGGAAUGUAACACGAUCUCUAUUUAAUAAAGGAAGGCUUUGUUGGUA